AAAUAACUCAUCACAAGGUCAGGAUUUAGGUUGAGGGCAAUAUGGAUGUGAAAGUCGAGUUGAUUAGAAAUUUGAUUAGACGUGCAUGACAGGAUAGUAUAAAGAGUACAGAAACAAAUCCAGAUCUGGUGAAAACACGGAAAAACAACCAAAGCCAGUCUAGACAUGGAAUCUUCUGCCAAAACAGUCUUCUUCCAAGACAUGAAGGAAGACACUACACAUGAUGAGAAAAAUGGUCAUUUCAUUGAAAACCAAGAAGACAUUCCCGAAACAAUUCAACUCUAUGACAAAGAAGAAGAAACAAAUUUGAAUGAUGAUGACCCAGAAUGCAAUGUGGUUAUUGAAAGUACACAUGUGACAGUUCCUGAUGGAGGCUAUGGAUGGUUGGUUGUAUUCAGUAGCUAUAUGGUGCAUUUUAUUAUUGGUGGUGUAGAAAGGUCUGCUGGUCUAUUAUACCUACAGUUUUUGGACAGAUAUAAUGAGUCAGCAGCACUUACAGCUUGGCUUUGUGGUGUCGCCUCUGGUGUUAGGUUAAUGUUAGGUCCACUUACAGGUGCAGUUGCUAAUAGAUUUUCAUGUAGAGCUGCUGUUGUAUGGGGAGGAAUAAUUACUUGUAUUUCCAUGAUAAUAUCAGGUUUUGCUCCAAAUAUUGCUAUCCUGUUUAUCACCUUUGGAUUUUUAGGUGGUAUUGGAAGAUCCUUAGCAUAUUGUCCAGCAGUUGUGAUUGUUGGGUUGUAUUUUCAUAAAAAGCGUGGAAAGGCUGUUGGUAUAGCGACAUCUGGUGUAGGUUUUGGUACCUUUGUUAUUCCACCAGUAAUUAAACUUCUAUUUGAUUAUUAUGGAUUUACAGGAGCUUUUAUUUUGAUUGGUGGAAUAACACUUAACUUAACAAUUUUUGGAAUUCUGAUGCGACCAUUGUCAGUUCACAGGAAAAUAGAAGCAAUUCAGCAAAGGAAAGAUGUAGAGUUGAUGGUUACAGAUGUCAAAAUUAAAAUACUUCCCAAGUCGGAAAGGUUAGAUGCUAACCUAUAUGAUAGCAUAGACUUUACCAUUCCUGUGCUCCAGGAAAAUGAGAGAAUCAAGAAAAAUAAUUCAUUUAGUAAUCUUAAAAGAAGGAUCUCCUCGGUUGUGACAUUUACAAAAUCAAAACAAAGUAAACCCAAAGAAAGAACGAAGAAGAAACUCUUUGAAUUUUCUCUACUUAAAGAUUUCAGAUUUGCAUGCUUUUGUAUUGCCAUUUUGCUUUUCACAUUGGCAUUCCAGUCUGCAUUUGUCUUUUUGCCGGCAUAUGUUGAACAGGUAGGAGGAACUAAAACAAAGGCAGCUUUCUCUAUUGUCAUAGCAGGUGUAUUUGAUGGAAUAGGAAGAAUAACAGCUGGAUUUGUUUUAGACAUGAAGAAAAUAAAACCAUAUAGAAUUUACAUUUACAAUAGUAUCAUGUUUAUUAUUGGUGGUGUGUCUUUUGUCAUUCCAAAUUUAACUGAUUAUGUGUCCAUUGCUAUUGCAUGUGGAUUUUAUGGGCUUUUAGUUGGAUCUUAUAUUUCACAGAAAUCUGUAGUAAUAGUAGAUUUACUUGGACCUGCAAAAUUAACUUAUUCAUUUGGAAUCAUGAUCCUUUUCCAAGGAAUAGGAAUGUUGAUUGGACCAACAAUUGGAGGCUUUCUCAAAGAUAUUAAUGGAAAAUAUGACUACUCAUUUUAUUUUGGUGGAGGUUCUAUGUUAGUUGGUGCUUUUAUCUUACUGAUUUCAAAUGUAAGACAUUUCUUGAAAGUGAAGAGGGAAGAGAAAUAAUAUAGGACAAUUUAAAUGGUAUAAGAACUGUGUUGAUUUUCAAUGGUACAGAAGAAAUAUCAAAAAUACAUGUGUACAUUUUAUAUUAAUACUUAAUGUUUAAAAGUGUGGUUACAAGAAUUAACAGAUAAAUUUUGAAAAUAUUUUGAAAGUAAGAAAAAUCCAUCAAAUGAGUUCCAAAUCAAAAUAUCAGACCUAAAAUCAAGAUAUGUUUUUCAAGGAUCUUUUUAAAUAUUUUUUGUUAUUGUUUAUUUUUUUAUUUGUAGUCCAUGAAUCAUUUGUAACAUGCACAUUCCAUUUGAACCUUUUUCUGUUUCUUAUCAUUUUGAAACCUUCCAGCUUUAUCAUGGUUAUGUGAAAUGUCUUAUAUAUACAAAUUCAUUUUUCCAGUUGCAUAAAUUUGUCAUCCAAUAGGAUAUACAUGUAGAUGGUGGGGAGACAUGUGAUUUAGUUCACUAUAAUAUUCUCAUCUACUUAAUAUUGUAUUUUCUACAAUUGUUUAUUUUAUGUACCAUGUACAUUCUAAAAAACUGACACUUAUAACUUGCAGUCAUGUGUUAACAUAUGUUUUAUUUAAAUUCAAUUAUAGCUAAAUGAUCGUUUUAAUUGAAAAAUAUUGAAGAAAUAAAACUGAAUUAAAUAUUCUUUGGAAUUCAUCUAGACUGUACUAGUAGAUAUUUUUCACUAAAGGAAUGACUUAUUUUUGACACGUUACAAAUGUAAAUAACCAUGACAUUUUAUCACCAGUGUUAUCAAUGUUUUCAUCAACAAAAUAAAUGAAAAACUAGUUUUGCAUGCAAUUAAAUAGAAACUUUGUGAAACACAAAUAAUGAUGAAAUAGCUUUUUAAUUUGAAGUCUAGUGUCUUAGAAGUGCUUUACUAUGAUGAUUGAAUCAUCAAGUUUGUUAGUUUUUUAGAAGGGCAUUUAUUUGUUAUACAUGUUUAUUUAUUGUUAAGCAUAUUCAUAUUUCUUAUUUACAAUUUGUUUUUGUUUAAAAUGUAAUGUAUCAUAUAGGUUGUAGAAAUAUAUAGCUUUUUCCACCCUGUCCCCACUCACACAUUUUCUAGUCAAAAUUUCAUAUUUUUAUUUUAUGGCCAGUUUUAAAAAGUUUUAUUUUCAGAAAGAAUUCUUGUUUAAAAAAUCAACCUAUUCAGUUUCAUACUUUGAUUAUUUCACAAUUAUACUUCUUGUUAAUUACUGGUAACAUAGCACCUUAGAAAAAGGUUUGUCAAUAAACAAAUUAUAAUGGUUAUAAAACUACUUUUUUUACUUGGAUUUUUAAUUUCUUGAAAACUUUUGCUAUAUGUUUCCAAAUGUGAGUGACAUCCACCAAUUUUACAAAGUUCAGGUUUUUUUGUAACAUAUUGUGUGAAACUGCUUCAUAUAGUAAAGUGCUUUGUUGUUCUAACCUCCCAAUUGAGUGGAUAUGUUUUAUUUUUUUUAACUUAUGAUAUUUUACUGUUAGUUUUAAUAUACACUGUUCUUCUAUUCAUGUGAUGUCUAAUUUUAUACAAGUGUUGACAAGAUAUUGAAUAUGAAUCUGCAUAGAUCGCUCCCUGAUAAAAUGUAAAUUGAAUAUAUUCUGGUGCUAAAUGAUUUAAAAUAUAUUGAAUUCCAUGGUAAUAAGAUCUCAUUUUGAAAAUGAAGGUAAAUGUGUUAAAAUAUAGUGCUAGUCAUGACAUGUAUUUUAUGACAGAUUUAUAUUAAAAUAAUAUGUAUGUUGUUAUUUAAUCAAAUUUUGAAAAAUUUAAUCAGAUAUACAACUUUUAGUGUAACAAGCAAGUACUUCCAUUCGACAGUUACUGAACAUGGUUUCCUCUUUAAACUAUAAACUUUCUGUCUCUAAGUCUUACAGGAAUGUUUUUGUCAUUAUACAAAUACAAAAUGUAUGAAAGAAAAAUACAAUCUCAAAAAUACUGAACUCUAAGGAAAAUUCAAAAUGGAAAGUCCCUAAAAAAAUGGCAAAAUCAAAUAAUAAAACUCACCAAAUGACUGGACAACAACUGUCAUAUUCCUGACUUGGUAUAGGAAUUUUUAAAUGUAGAAGAUGGUGGAUUAAACCUGGUUUUAUAGCCAUCAAAUUCCAUUAUAUUUACAACGAUGUGUAAUAUAAUUUUCAAUCAAACGAAAAAAUGCUGGUAUAAAUCAUGAACGUUACAAUUUUCUACUGUAUUUGUAAUUGUAUUUGUAUAUUCCCUAAAACCAAGUAAGUUCUCUACAUUCAUUAUUUCCAUUCCAAAAACUAGUCAAUUAUCUUCAAUGAGAAUAAAGGUUAAUACUGUACAUUACAUGCUUUUCUAUUUGUAGGAUAUUUUUGGAGGUAAUUUCACAUGAUACCAAUAUUGGUUUUCUAUGAUUAUUUUAAAGGUACAUUAUGAUUGUAUCUUUCAUCACUGAUUUAUAGAGUUCAC